GAUUCCGUUGGCCUGGUUCGGAGCCUCUACGCCAACCUGAGCUACGAAAACCUCAACCUCUCGGUGCCGGCGGAGACGAAUAGCUCCGACAAUAGCUACUGGCUGGUCUACACCGCCUCGACUUUGGUGGAACAGACGACCCCGGCGUCGCUGCAAAUCUUCGACCGCAACGGAACGGUGUCUGAGCCCACCUUCACUGGCGGGGACCGAGGGCAAGGGAGGGCUGGGGGAGUGGAGGCCCACCUUUUCCCUAGUGAGUUAUGGCUGGAAAAUAGGGAAAAUGUAUGA